AUGGGUUUCAGCUCUGUCUAUCGAUCCCUAACGGAGAUAUUUCCUCAGAUUGAUGCACGAAUUUUGAGGGCUGUCGCAAGAGAACACCCGAAGGAUGCUGAUGAGGCUGCUGCUGUAGUUCUCUCUGAGAUUGUUCCUUCGUUACCCCCAACUUUGUCCCAUAAUCUUGAUCAAUCAUUGAACAAGCCAUCUGGAAGUAUUUCAGUGCGCGAAGUGGAACGUGAUUUGGAAGAUGUUGUUUCUAGGUGCCGUGGUUUUGUUGUAGCUUCUGGUUCAAAGUCCAGCGCCUCCUCUUCUUCAGAAACUAUCCCCCUGGUUGUUGCUCGAGGCCACGAUACCAGUGCUCCAAGUACCAAAUUGGUCUCAGAUGAGAACGAGAUAACAAAUUUCCCAAUAACUAUUGGUCGUGGUGUUGGAAGUGAUGAAGUCCAGUCUUUAGAAAAGGCUCCUGGAAAAGAGAACGACAAGUAUGAUUUCUUUGGCAAGUGUUUUGAAGUUUCAAACCAAGCAGUAACAGGCUUGAAGAGCAUGCCAGAGGAUGAUCUUGCCUCAGUGGUCUCUGCUGGCGCCCAAGACAGUGUCAAAUCAAAUACCUACUUUUGGCAAGAUCUUGAUUUUCAUAUGACAUGGGAUCAAUUAGAUCCAGGCACAAGCAUAGGUUCAGAAAAUGCUGUACAGAAGCUGGUCGAUACAAUUCCUGGAGACAAUAUGACAAAUAUGCAGCAGGGUUCAUGUGUUGAAGUUGGGACUGGGAGUACAAACGCCGUGGAAGAGGCUUCAAAGGGUUCAUUAGCCAGUGAAAAUGGUGAUACUGAUUUAGGUGGUGCUUUUAGCUCAUCAACUCCUGUGUGCAGUGUUGAUCACCUUGAAGAGUAUAUCGAGGAUGCCAAAAGUAACAAGAAAACCUUGCAUGCUGUGAUGGAAUCGGUCAUGAAUCUGAUGAAAGAAGUUGAACUUGAAGAGAAGGAUGCGGAAAAGUCAGAGGAGGAAGCUGCUAGGGGAGGUGUUGAUACUCUUGAAAAGGUUGAGGAGCUGAAGAAGAUGCUGAAACAUGCCAAGGAAGCGAAUGACAUGCAUGCUGGAGAAGUAUACGGAGAGAAGUCAAUUUUGGCCACUGAAGCAAAAGAGCUUGAAAACCGCUUGCUCAACUUAUCAGAAGAACGAAACAAAUCUCUUGCUGUCCUUGAUGAGAUGAGUGAAACUCUUAAAGUAAGACUAGCGGCAGCAUUGGAGAUGAAAAAGGCUGCUGAACAAGAAAAGAAAGAAAAAGAAGACUCUGCACUUAAGGCACUUGCUGAACAAGAAGCCAUCAUGGAGAAAGUAGUCCAAGAAUCAAAGCUUCUAAAGCAAGAGGCAGAGGAAAACUCAAAGCUUCGAGAGUUUCUUAUGGACCGUGGUCAGGUCGUUGAUUCCUUGCAAGGAGAAAUUUCUGUCAUCUGUCAAGAUGUGAAGCUGUUGAAAGAGAAGUUCGACAACCGAGUGUCAUUAAUCAAAUCAGUCUCCUCGAGCCAGACUGGUUCAUGCGGAUCAUUCGUCGGAGGCGGCUUUGUGUUUGAUAGUUCUUGUGAGAGAUUGAAUGAAGUGCUUGGAACCUCAAGCAACAACAAGACCUCAGAAGCAGUAGCUUCUUCCUCCAUGGACAAAGAGAAAGAUGACUGUAGAGAUCUUCUUGGAGAUGAUUGGGAGAUCUGGGAGUAG